CACACACACACACACACACACACACACACACACUUGUAUAACCGUUUCGAUAACACUCGGCCGUGGAGAGCCGCUUUGAGCCAAGCACCAGCUUCAUUCACCCGCAGCAGCGUCGUAGUGAUUUGCUCUUGCCUCAAACACGAGAUAGGUAGCCGUAGGUUUCCUACGUGAAAGCUGUGUUAUCUUUAUGUAAAAAGAGUAUUUUUAAAAGACUGACAGCACGAGAGACCAGUAGCAGCGCGGAGUGGCAGUCACCGUAACCGCCCUCCUCGGGGUGGGCAGCCUCUAUUGGUUAAGAGCGUUGUGAGUCAGAGAUUACAGGCUCUCUGGACCAAUGGGCGAAGAGCUGGAGGAGGUGUGGCUCGAAUUGAGGUCACUUCCUUCGCUGGAGAUCUAGGGCAGACUGUCGCUGUAUCUAGAAACCUGAACCGGGGAGAACAGUGUGUCAGACUAGCCCAGGACUGUCGCUAUCCAUACGCUUUCUCUAGUCUCUAUUUCUUCCAAGGCUUAUAUUUACAGAGACAGCGGGAUCAGUAGAAGAUUUUCCUUUUGUAAGAUCAAUCCACGUCCUCUUCUGUUCUCUCCGGUGACACCCUUAUGGAAAUGGAGUGAUUGUGUUAUAUCACAAAACCAAUUACAACUAACCUGGAACAAGCCAAGACAACUCUCGUCCAGAUGUCGGAAGAUUCAGACUCCAAGCCCUAUCGCUUCUCUGUGCUGGAGGACCAGGAUGGAGCUUCAUGCAGCUCCAUGCCCAUGGGGGCCUCAGGGUGCAGCGCCAUGGCACAGCUGCACUGGAUGGGUGGCUACAAGCCAGGUGGUCCUGACUUAGGCCUCCCCUUGUCGGGCAGCGACAGCAGCGGUCAGGACCCUCGCGCCUCACCCCACAAGCAUCGCAAGAACACCCGCUCCCGAUCGCCCCCCGAGGAGGACGUGAAGAUGAAGAGCAACGGGUCAUGCGGCAGUGGAACGGAAUCACACGGCAAUGAAAGCCACAGCAAUGCGAGUCAUGGCAACGAGAGCCUUGGCCACUCGUCAAUGGGCAUCUCCAAUAGCAACAGUAAAGACUCUGCAUUGCUGGAAUCUUCUGAAAGCAACAAGAGCUCAAACUCUCACAGUUCGUCCCCUCCAAGCAGCUCAACCGCCUUCAGUCUGCUGAGCUCAGAGCAGGACAACCCUUCAACCAGUGGAUGCAGUAGUCAGGAGUCUGCCAAGGCCAAGACUCAGAAGGAGAUGAUUAAAACUCUCAAAGAGCUGAAGCUUCACCUGCCCGCUGAGAAGAGACACAGUAGCAAGUCCUCCACAUUGAACACCCUCAAGAACGCACUGCGCUGUGUCAAACAAGUGAAAGCCAAUGAGGAGUAUUACCAGCUGCUGAUGACCAAUGACAGUCAACCUUCAGGCCUGGAUGUAUCCUCUUAUACGAUAGAGGAGAUUGACAGCAUUACUUCAGAAUACACUCUUAAAAACAAUGACAUUUUUGCAGUAGCAGUGUCUCUCACCACAGGGAGGAUAGUCUACAUUUCUGAUCAGGCUGCCUCCAUCCUCAACUGCAAAAGAGAAGUGUUCAAGAACAGCAAGUUUGUGGAGUUCCUGACGCCGCAGGAUGUUAGUGUGUUCUACAGCUUCACAACACCGUACCGCCUGCCCUCCUGGAGCAUGUGCACUGGAGCAGAUUCAUCGCCGCCUGACUGCUCCUUCUUCUCUCGUAUCAGUGGUGGUAAGAGGUGCAAGGACGUUCUGCAGUACUAUCCGUUCCGCAUGACGCCCUACCGGAUGAAGGUCCAAGACACCGUGCAUGCUGAAGACCAGUUCUGCUGCCUCCUGCUGGCUGAGAGAGUUCACUCUGGUUACGAUGUACCCAGAAUUCCAACAGACAAGCGCAUCUUCACCACCACACACACCCCAAGCUGCGUAUUUCAGGAUGUGGAUGAGAGGGCGGUUCCUCUCCUCGGGUACCUCCCCCAGGAUCUGAUUGGCACACAAAUCCUCCUCCACCUGCAUCCCAAUGACCGACCCAUUAUGUUGGCCAUUCACAGAAAGAUUCUUCAAUUUGCAGGACAACCAUUCGACCACUCCUCCAUCCGGUUCUGUGCGCGAAAUGGAGAAUACAUCACUCUUGACACCAGCUGGUCCAGUUUUGUCAACCCCUGGAGCCGUAAAGUGUCCUUUAUUAUCGGAAGACACAAAGUGCGCAUGGGCCCCGUGAAUGAAGAUGUUUUCUUGGCCCCGGUCUCCACUGUCCGUGAGAUGAAGACCAUGGACUCUGACAUCCAGGAGAUGACUGAGCAGAUCCAUCGGCUCCUGCUACAGCCGGUCCAUAACCGUGGCUCCAGUGGCUACAGUAGUCUGAACAGAAAUGACCACCUUGUCAGCAGCAGCAGGAACAAGAUCCAACAAGAGGAGGAGGAAGUGAGCGACAAAGCCAGACCGCGGACCUUUCAGCAAAUCUGUAAAGGAAUACAUCUUCAGAAGAGCCUUGAGCAUCAGACAACCAAAGCAGACAUCAAGAAGAGCAAUGGCAAGUCUGUACAGAAGAGCUCAGCGGUGGAGCGGCCCAAAGACUCAACUCUCCACAACUGGAAAGAUACCGGAGCCAAUAUGGAGGAGAGCAGGUUCUCCUCCCAGGAGGAGGCGGCCUUCAAAGAUCAGACCGUCUACUCCUACCAGCAGAUCAGCUGUCUGGACAGUGUUGUCAGGUACUUGGAGAGCUGUAAUGUUCCCAUCACCAUGAAGAGGAAGUGCCAGUCUUCCUCUAACACCACGUCCUCUAACUCGGACGAGGACAGACAGAAAGGACCUAACAGCAUGCAGGUGUCUCAAGAGAUCAUAGGGGAUGUCCAAGGAACAGGAGAGACUGUAGAAUCCAGCCAGAGCCUCAGGGCUCCUCUCUCUGUUGUUUUACCUCCCAGUCAGGAGAGGGAAUCCUAUAAGAAACUCGGGUUGACCAAGCAGGUUUUGGCAGCCCAUACGCAGAAGGAGGAGCAGACCUUUCUGUAUCGCUUCAACGAGCAUCGUUGCUCUCAGUACCUGGAGCGUCAGAGAGAACAGAUCGCCAGCUAUGCUGUACCCGCUGCUCAACCCUCAAAGCAAGACGGACCGAGUGCAGAGCCCACCGCACGGCGAGGCACACGGAAUAAGAAGACCAAGUCAAAGCGAGUGAAGCAGAUGGAGUCCUCAGAAAGCACAGUGUCCCGUCACAGACAGCAACAUCUGCGGCCUCCUUUUCUAAACCCCGGCCUUAACCUGACCUCUUGGUUUAGCUCCGACACCUCACAGUCAACCUUUCCCAUGGCUUACCCCUCUGUGAUGCCAGGCUACCCCCUCCCAGUUCACCCCAGAGCCAGUUCCAUAGCUCCCCGCACAGACGCCACUUUACAAGGCUUUGUGGACAAUCAGGGCACCCAGCCCCCUCCCUGCCCCCCACCCAUCCAUCCAGCUCCCUACACCGCUUCCAUGGUCACCCCCAUUGUGGCUCUAAUGCUUCCCAUGCCCUACCCUCGAUUGGCCCCUGCACUGCCACCUCCACAGCCAGUGUACCACGCAGCCACUGGUGGCUUCCCCACCCAGCCUUUUGGUCAAGCUGCCUUUCCAGUUCCGGGCCCCUUCACAGCUCCACCUUCCUUCAAUGUUCAGAACCAGUUCAACUCCCAAAACCACUUCGCUCUUCAAGCGGAUUACAUGACCCCGUCGUUCUACUUCCCUCCAGUCUCGGAAACCUCAAAGGCUCCCGUGGUGGAGAGCCAGUCUCGCUCCUCUACGCCGCAGUCUGGAGGAGUUGGAGGCCCCGCGUCCCCACCCCUGUUCCAGUCCCGCUGCAGCUCACCCCUAAACCUGCUGGAGCUGGAGCUCUCUGUCGACCGGCAGGACAGCACAGUGCUCUCCUCUGGAGGACAAGGAAAUAAUACGGCUGAAAGGGAGAAAGGAGCCAGUGGAAACCAGGGCAAGGAGAGAGAGCUGAAGCAGCUGUCUCUCAGUCUCCUUCGUCCACCUGGAACCUUGUAUUGCAAGGGCUCGCCCCGUGUCUGUGACCGUUUUUCUUGGGAUAAAGUGUGCUCGAGGCUGAGGGCUUGCAGCAAAGAGGCAAGUUCACGUGGCAAUGGGAACUACAGUGACGUCAACUCUUUGUCCAACGACAUGCUGGACAUUAUUCUCCACGAGGACUCCUACUCAGGCACCGGCUCAGCCACCUCGGGGUCCAUGGGCUCAGGGUCCAACGGCUGUGGCACUUCAGCCAGCAGGACGUCCAACAGCGGGACGUCCAACAGCGGGACGUCCAACAGCGGGACGUCCAACAGCAGGACGUCAGCCAGUGGGAAGUCUGGCAGUGGAACAGGAAGCAAUAACAGCAGUAGCUACUUUGGCAGCGUGGACUCGUCCCAGACCAGCCAGAAGGUCAAAGGUCACUUAAGCAGCAGCAGCAGCGAGGCAAGGCCCGUGGAGAUGGACCAGAGCGAAUACUUCAUCAACUGCAGUGACAUCCAGAGAGUACUCCAAGACGACCGAGAGAAGCUGAGACUGCUGCAGAAGAGCCAGCCAAGUUUUUCAGAGGAGCAGAAGAAGGAGCUGAUGGAGGUGCAUACCUGGAUUAGGAGGGGAGCUCUGCCCAAGGCGAUAGACAUCAAGGCGUGCUCCUGCUAUGACGGCACAUCAGAAGCAGCAGCCGCAACGGCGGCGGAGGAUCAGGCAGACCUGGACAUCGGUGAAACCGAGACGGGGGAGGACUGCUGCCAGCGGAGGCCCAGAGAGGAACCCUCAAAUACUCUCUCUCGGAGACAACCAGUCAGACAAUAAACUGCCUGAGAUUUUCAAAGUGACAUUCAUCACCCAUCAGCCUCUUUUUCUGCAUGACUGUGAAGAGGGACCUUACGUGAAGAAUCAAAGCGGGUCUUUGCUCUUUAAACAACAUUCUUCAUUACAGUCUCUGCCUUGCUUUUCAGAAGUUACAGAAAAACUGUUGCAAACAGUCAAGACUUUUGUAAAAUGUGAAUAUAGGAGUGCUGGACUCUGUGACUGCAUAUGUUCAUUCACUCGUUUUGUGUAGCACUUAACAAAGCGCAGCAUAUGCACUGAUAAUAAUAGGUGAAACACAAUAUGUGCCCAUACACAAGGCAGUGCAGUAGAGGUCAAACAUACACCAACCGACCGGAGGCUGCUUCAUUCACAUGGCAGGAAGAGGCUCUCUGGUGUUCUUCCUGCUGCGGUGAAUGAACAAAUUCAGCAUUUUGUGUCAUGAUUUCUUCAGUUACAACAACCUCACGCUGAGUCAGCAUGUGAGAACAGGUGCAGUUAAGUUUCAGUCACUCCUGUCUUGUCAUGCAUAGCCAUCAAGCACCAAAUAAAUGCGCACGUGCACUUUGUGGGCUGCACUGAAAGGAGAGGAAAGAGGUGUUGCAUUAAGUCACUAUAGAAAAUGAAAGUGCAAAAUAAAAACGUGUUCCCGUUUGCAGCAGUGAAGAUGCAUGGACUCACCCGCGAUGUCUGAAGCUUUUCACCACCUCCACCCCCACUGGAAAACCUACUCAGAUUUUUCACUUAAGUAAAAGCAAUGCAAAAAGUACAAUAUUAUAUAUUGUAAGAAGUAUGAUGUAGCAUAAAAUGGAAAAGUACAUAUGUUACUGAUCCCCAGGAUCCCCACGAUGUAGCUGGUGAAAAGAUAUUUGAGACGGAGAAAGGACAAUCCAAUAGUAAAGUUACAUUUACUCACCAACCCGCCAUGUUAUAUUGUUUAUGAGAAUGUAUCAUUCGAACCGUCUGUUUCACAUGUUACAUUAUGCAGCUUUAAGUUUUCACUGCAUAUUUCCAUUCAGCAUUUGUGUCAGUAUCAGCUGUGAAACUUGCCUUUUCGUUUAAAAAAUGUAAUGUAUUUCAAUGCUGGUGUGAAUGUUUGUAACAGUCUUUGACUCUGAGCAUAUAUGUUUGUUCAUACACUUAUUGUUUCUGUAUAAAGAGAUUUGUAUGUUUUAAGUUAUUUAUCUUUAAAAAAAAAAACAAGCAAAAUGAGUCGUGAAAUCGACAUUAGGACAAAUCCCACCAUGGACUGGAAAAUACUUGUAUGUUUAUGGUGGGUGAUAAAUAUAAAUUGAGGAGAAUAUUGUUUUCCCAGUUUUAAAAGUGUGUCACAUAACACUUGAAAUGGUCUGAAGUUGGCCCUCAUAAAUAUGGAAAAGAGCCUCCUGAGCAUCCUGUGGAAGUGUCUGAAGCUCAUUACCGUUUUGUGUGGUCACCUCAGAAGUGGAAGUUUAGGGUUAUUGCACGGGUAUAAAGCAGCUCAGACAGAUGUCAAGUGACUGUGUAGAGCCUUCCUUCACUUUGAAGCUCGCGUGCUGUCAUUUGAGACGAAGCUGUGCUCUUCUUGAACAUUUUCCGGAAUCUGUCAUGUGUCGUUCUGUUAUUUGAACUAUUGGACACUGACAACAAUGCACCUUUUUACUUAACUGUUCUUAUUUUUAAUGGCGAAUAAUCUGAUGUUUGUCUAAAUAAAAUGUUGCCAAAUUUACAGUGA